CGGGGCGCGCGAUGACUUUGCUCCGGAUGUCUCGUAUAUGCCGUGACCCCGUGAUUGGCGUUCCUGCGAUGUCCGUACGUGUUAAUCGGACGGAGCUAGCCUCGAGCCUCAGCCAAGAUCCAUUCCUGGAUCAACCCCAAACACGCCUCUCAAUCAUCUACAAUCAUGAAAUUGAUCACUCGUAGUGGUGCAUUGCGUUCCUUUGUCCGCGCUCGAGCUUUCUCCAGUGCUCCACCUCCACCUCUCAGACGACCGGGACGCGUGCUAGUGCUUUCCAGCGCAUUGGCUACCUCCAUGUUGGGCUACGCAUUCUACAAUGAUGCUUCAAGUAGCGAACCGGCGCCCUUUGACACACGCACACUGUCGGAUCUCGUGCGUGCGUAUAUCGUGUACGGGACAUGUAGUAUCACCCCCCUCGUUGAUGCGGCACCGACAAUAUUGGGUAUCUUGUUCAGUACCCCUGGAGUGAGUAAGAUAGUCGAGAGUUUCGUACGAGCUACUUUCUUCCACCAGUUCGUCGGUGCAGACACGGCCAAUGGUGCACUACCACUGCUUGCAUCUCUCCGUGCAGAGAACAAAGGUGCUCUCUUUUCUUAUGCCGUUGAAGGCGACCAGAAGGAGGCAACGGGUCAGACGAACAUGGAAGGGCAGCCCGUACACAAGUGUAUCAUAGAGGAGAUUAUAAGGAGUAUCGACGCCUCCGCCGAUUUCGAGGACAGAAGGGAUGCACUUCAGAAUGGACAUAUAGGGAGACGGACUUGGGUUUCUGUGAAACUUACUGCUAUGCUUCCAAAUGCCCAAUCCUUAAUCAACUUGUCAGCACACCUCACAAAUACUCGAGCACCGCUUGAAUCCCCGGUACUCUUUCCAGGGACUCCUUCACCAUCUGAUCUUUCUAUCCUGCGUUCCUCUACAUCAACGGGAACACUAACAGAAUCUGACAUUCAUGACCUGAAAGGGCUAUACGACGACCUUGUGCUGAUUUGUACCCGUGCUGAAGAACGCGGAGUAAGAAUUUUUAUCGAUGCAGAGUAUAGCUGGUACCAACCCGCCAUCGACGCAUUUGGACACGCAUUGAUGGAACAAUUCAACAAGCUCCCCUCCCAUGGCUUCUGGCGGACGUGGUGGGACAUAUCCUCUUGGACAUCCUCUCCAACCACAAGAGAAUCUGUGCAUGACAGAGUGCAGCCUCUCGUGUAUGUGACCUAUCAAACAUAUCUACGACGGAUGCCCGCGCACCUCACGCACUCCCUGGCGCUAGCCCGUGCCAGAGGAUAUGCGCUUGGAGUGAAACUUGUCCGGGGAGCUUAUCACCCAUAUGAACUUGCUGCCCAUCAGCUGGCUUGUUCAGUUGGCUCUCCAGUCGGAUCCCACUCGUCAAAACACUCGCGCUCGCUCUCCAUAUCUCCCGACCCUGAACCCCCUGUCCAACCCUCGAAGGAUGCGACGGACCAGUGCUAUCACGAUUGCGUAACCAUGUUAGUCGAUGCAAUCUCCCAAGACAUCUACCACUCCGGCCGAUUUGGUACACCAGGCAUUGGUGUCUUUUUUGCUACACAUAACAUGACCUCGUGCGAGUUCGUCAUCGAGGAACUUGUUAAGAAGGGCCUGGGAAUCGUCGAGCGUGUUGGCGUCGAUCAGGUACAAGAGGAUGUGGUGCGGAUCCCACUUGAAGUUGGGGAGAGGAUUGCAUUUGGGCAGCUGUAUGGGAUGUCAGAUGCGCUGACGAAUUACCUCGUCGGGCGGACGCAGUGUGAAAGUCCGUGUGUGAUCAAGUAUGUCCCAUUUGGCGCCAUGAUGCAGGUCAUGCCCUACCUUUCACGUCGAGCGAUUGAGAACAAGAGCGUUCUCGGAGCAGGGGGUGCCACAAGAGAGAGAAAGGGGGCUGCGGCUCUCAUUUGGAAGAAGAUGAAAGAAUUGCUUAUGUCAUAGAUAUUUGGGCCCUCAGGUUUUUAUUGGGUGAUUUUGAUGCAAGAAAGGGCUUAGCUAGACGUAGGAAUGUAAGUACUUGUGUAGAUUCAACUCACUACCCACGUCACGGAUUUGACGACGUAACAUAUAUCCUAAUCACAAGAACAGUUUGCGCUUUGCCUACAAGAAUAUUGGAAAACAGAUAUAGCCUACACUGCCUGCUAGUGAAAUCCUUCAGUGCCCAAGUAACUCCCUAAAUUCUAGGCCCCAUUGGU